ACCUUUACUGGGUGUGUACCCGUAAGGAAGUGAGUACUCAUUCAGUUCGUAAAAGCGACAGGUGAGCCCGCAUUAUUCUCUGUCGCAAGAAGAGUUCCAGACAUCUGGGAUGGAUUUGUUUAAUUUGAGGUCGCUUGCCAUUUUGCUGUCAGCUGUUGGAUGCUGCAACGGGCAGAGCGUACUGCCAGCCGGGCCCUUGGAGGGAGUACAGGGAAAGAACGUCACGUUCAAAACCAUUAUCAUCCCCACAGAUGUUGGAAACUUUAUCACAGUAUCCUGGAAUUUCAACGGUGGUAGUGGACUUGUACCUGUUGUCACUUCUGCGCCCAACGGAGAGACAGUUGGCGCUGGUUACGCAGGAAGAGUAUCACUGAAUUCAUCCACCGGCGUAUUAAAUCUGGCAUCCUUGACGGCAAAGGAUGGCGGAGACUAUGCAGUGACUAUGGUCACUAAUGCUGCAGUACAGCGCACAGGUGCAACGUUGCUCAAAGUUCUAGAACCGGUCUCCGCCGUGACCAUCACGUCCAACCUGAACGAAGCGGUCGAGUUCAACAGCACUGUGGUCUUGACCUGUUCGGCCAAAGGCUCCUUCCUCACGUACAAGUGGCUCAACGGCACCACCCCGCUGGUCACCGACGGGAAGCAUGUGACCUUGAGUGCAAACUCCACAGUGCUGACCGUGGCUGGAGUGUUCAGGAAGGAUCUGGUCGGACCCAUCUACUGCACGGCCUUCAACAAUCUAGAGAGUGACAACAGUGCCCCCUUCAACCUCACUGUCACCUAUGGGCCAGAAAACAUCGCCAUGACAGUCACCCCCACCGCUGAGAUCCAAAAGAAGGGUUCCAACAUUACAUUGACCUGCUCAGCCCAGUCUAGCCCUGCGGCUGUGCUUCAGUGGAUCCGCAAUGGAGUCCCGCUCAAUGUGGUGGGCCCCAAGCUGGUACUGGACAACGUUGCCGUGGCACAGAGUGGAAACUACUCCUGCAUGGCCAGCAACGCCAAAACCUUGCGAUACCUGGAAUCCACAACAGCCAAGUUCACUGUAGUCGAGGCCAUAUCCGGCGCUAAGAUCACAGGCCCCAAUGGUACGCUUGUUGCAGGUAACAGCACGGCCAACCUGAGCUGCCAGGCAACCACCGGCACCGCCGACGCCCGAGUGUGGCUGAAGAAUGGUGCGGCACUGUCUCCUAGCAACAGGGUCGUGGUCUCGGCAGACAAGAGCUCGAUCACGAUCAAGCCAGUGCAGAAGGAGGACAGUGGGGAGUACCAGUGCAAGCUGACCAAUGCUGUGAGCACAGACUCUGCCAGCCUCAAGAUAGUGAUCAGUUUUGGUCCUGAGACUGUGUCCGUGAAGGGGGUAAAUUCCGUAAAGGUGACAGAGCCUGUGAUGCUGAAGUGUGCCGCGGUCUCUCUCCCUGCUGCCACCUACACCUGGAAGUUCAAUGGGACGCUGACCGGCGUGAUGACAUCCGAGUACGGCAUCGAUGCCGCUGUGGCCACGAACAGUGGAAUUUACACCUGUGAAGCCAGCAACGCCGUCACCGGGCUGAGCACCUCCGUUAACCACAAGCUGUCCGUCAAAGAGGAGGGAACACUGGAUGAGGGUCUGACUGGCGGGCAGAUCGCUGGGAUCGUCAUCGGCGUGCUUAUCGCCCUGGUGCUCAUCAUCGUAGGGGUCCGCUACAUGAGACGGAAAAAAACACCGAUCGAGUCGCCGUACUAGAAGAGAUCCCCGAGGAAAGCUGGAGCUAUCAGCCCAAAGAAUCAGCCAAUUAUUCCCCUCAAGAUCCAUCGCUGCAGUCUGGAAGACCAAUCAGGUGGAAACCUCCCCCAAGUCGGUUCAGCAAUACAAACGUUUCAUCACAAAGCCCACAUAACCACAGGGGUCACAACAUCCCUCCCUAGGAGCUGGUCAUCUCCUUUGAAAAUGGUGGUGUGUCUGGGACUCUGGGUCCUUGUGCUUGGAUUGGACCGGAAAGCUCCAACGCAUCUAUCCCAUCUAACAUCUAUCUGUCUGUAUGGACUUAUAUUCCUUCACACACCUUCCCUCCUCUCCAUCCAGCCCAUUGGCUAAGGUAAACAGCUUCUAACCACUCCCUGGGAUGCUCACCUCCUUCGCAAAACAGAGGAAUGUCAUCGCUUACAUCAAUUUCUCCACAUAUUCCUUAGGAAAUGAAAUACAUAGACUUGAGCGAUGGUGGUGCCCUGUCCGUAACGAAUGAUCCUUUCAGCUUUGCGAAACUGGAGGAGGAUUUAGUGGGGGCAAUAUAAUGUAGAAGAUUGUAAGGCUGAGUCACUUGGUCACUCCUCACCGAUCACAACAUCAAGGCGAAUGGGCAAAUAUCGUCUGAAACUUUCAAACAACUGACGGACACAGGUUCAUAAAUCUGACGUUACCACCUCUGCUUGAUCCCAAGGGUAGCUUUUUUUUACAUCUGCAAGAUCUGCUCGUAAGAGCUUCAUGUUAAAAGAGCAACGACAAGAUCCAACACGCAGCAAAUGUUAGGGGGAGAAAGAAAAGGUAAGAAUGUUUUUGUGGGCAAAGACAUUCUUUGGUUUUGGAGGGAAAAUGUCUGUGAGUCAGGGCUGUGCUAAUGAGUUUCGUUAUUUGUUGUAUCCCACGUUUCAAAUGGAUCCAUCGUUGAAAUUUGAAUAUUGUUUGUAUUAUUUUGGCUUUUGUAGUAUAAUACAAAAAAAAAAAUAGAAAAAGUAUGUUUUUAGGACCAUAAAUGAACAACUGCCAUUUUAUGUUAACUGUAACACAACCCCUUUUACCUACUUUUUAGCUUUGUGAAAAAUGACAUCCUUGUUUUUAGUCACUAGUAUUUAUUUUUUUGUAACCUUAGUUGAAUAGAUUGAGCUGGCGGUGUGUGUGUUUUUUUUUUUUUUUAUCCAAUAAA